AUGACCUGGUAUUCUCUUCUCCCAGCGGAACUCACGGCCUUCGAGGGAUGGCUCAUUCGCUUUUUUGUCAUCCUUGGCACCUUGACCAUCGUUCCCUGGGCCUUCUUCAUUGUGUAUGAUAUCCUCCUGUAUAUAUGGCGCGCGACCACGUAUGAAAUUCCCGUUAUUGGAGGCCGGGCAAGAGGUCGACAUAGACCUGUUGUGCCCAGUCUGAGUGAGCGGCCAAGUGGAAGGCAGAGAGCGUUUAGUUUAACGGGUACGACGUCUGAUGGAGGGAAGGGGACACGGUUGGAUGAUCGCGGAAAUACUUCUGUUUCUUCUUCGGAGCUUUCGCUUUCGAGCGAGGGCAUGACCGAAAAUGAGGCUAGCCCUACUGGGAAUGGUAGCUGCAUCCAUUACGCGGGAGAAGUGAAGAAAAGGAAAACAGGCUAA